AUAUGCGGACGCUAUUGUCAACCUUCAUUCGCUCAUGUUCAACUGCCGCCGCCACGAAAAGCCAGCUACGCGCCGUGCUUAGAGAGACCGCCCAGCCCGUCGCGGUUGUCACCGCUGCUGUGCCCACAACAGAGGGAUUUCAUGGGGCAACAUUAUCUUCGUUUACCUCCAUUGCGAUGGACCCCUUCCCCCCUAGUCAGCUUUGCCCUGCGAAUCCCCUCCCGCAUGGCCACAGCACUCAACAGCGCGAGCCCCUCAUCGUCGUCAGACAUGGUCAUCAGCCUUUUGUCCGCCGACCAAGCGUCAGUUGCGACCCGCUUCUCGCGCGCCGACCUCUACCCCCACCCAUUCGAGUCAACAGACUAUUUUCUUUCGCGAGAUGGGCUGCCUAUUAUCCGCAACUCUCUUGGCGCAUUAUCCUGCAAACUUGUCUCGCGUGGCUUGCCCCUCCACGACGCGCGUUUAUUAGAGCAACGGCGGUUUGACCUGGAAGCCACAGAGGACUACGACCAGUCUCACAUCGUAUCGCAGCUGUUCAUCGCCCAGGUGACACACGUCGAGCAUUUUGGAGACCAUGGGCUCAAGCCGCUUUUGUACCAUCGCCGAGCGUACACUACCACAAAAGUAUAG